CACAGUGACAUGUGGCCAAGGCUUGAGAUAUCGCGUAGUUCUGUGCAUUGAUCACCGAGGGAUGCAUACUGGUGGCUGCAGUCCUAAAACAAAACCUCACAUCAAAGAAGAAUGCAUUGUCCCUACUCCAUGCUACAAGCCAAAAGAGAAACUUCCUAUUGAAGCUAAACUGCCAUGGUACAAGCAAGCCCAGGAGUUGGAAGAAGGAACAGUGGUAUCUGAAGAACCAACGUUUAUUCCUGAGGACUGGUCUGCCUGCAGUGUGACCUGUGGGGUGGGCAUCCAGGUGCGGUUGGUGAAGUGCCAGGUGCUGCUAUCCUUCUCUCAGUCUGUAGCAGAUCUGCCCAUUGAUGAAUGUGAAGGGCCCAAACCAACAUCUGAACGAGCUUGUUAUGGUGGACCUUGCAACGGAGAAACUGGCGAAGAGACUGAUCUGUUCUCUAGAGGCUCAGAAGAUUUUGAUGAACUUUACGACUGGGAAUAUGAAGGCUUCACUGAAUGCUCUGAGGCUUGUGGUGGAGGUGUCCAAGAGGCUGUAGUGACUUGCCUGAAUAAACAGACCAGAGAAUUUGCAAAUGAAAAUCUAUGUGUGAGCAGUCGGCGCCCCCCACAGUUGCUGAGAUCUUGUAACCUGGAACCUUGUCCCCCAAGGUGGGAGGUGGGAAAGUGGAGUUCUUGCAGUCUCACCUGCGGUGUAGGAUUGCAAAUCCGUGAAGUCUUCUGCUCUCACCUCCUCUCAAGAGAGACUAAUGAGACAGUGACUUUGGAGGAUAAACUAUGUCACAAACCCAAGCCCACCGUGGUACAAGCCUGCAACCGUUUUGACUGUCCUCCAACUUGGUACCUUCAAGAAUGGCAACAGUGUUCACGGACAUGCGGAGGUGGCAUUGAGAGACGGGAAGUGCUCUGCAAGCAGCGCAUGGCUGACGGAAGUUUUCUAGAACUUCCAGAAACCUUUUGUUCCACUUCGCGGCCAGCUUCCCAGCAAGCCUGCAGAAAUAUGGACUGUCCUCCAGAAUGGCUUCUCUCAGAUUGGACACAGUGUUCUGUUAGCUGUGGAGAAGGAACCCAAACACGAAAUGCCAUUUGCAGAAAAAUGUUAAAUACUGGGCUUUCUGCCAUUGUGAACUCAUCACUUUGCCCACCUUUGCCGUUCUCAUCCUUGGUCAGACCGUGUGUGCUCAUGACUUGUGCAAGAUACCAGAGACCUGCCCACAAGCAGCCCCCUUUGAUACUGGCUCAAAAGAAAGUUUUUAUCCAGACAAGAAAGCAAAAGAAGCUGCAUUUUAUUGUUGGUGGGUACGCCUACCUGCUGCCCAAGACCUCUGUCAUUCUUCGAUGUCCUGUGAGACGAUUCCGUAAACCAAUGAUCACAUGGGAGAAAGAUGGCAAACGACUGAUUAGCUCUGUUCAUGUUACCAUUGCGCCAUAUGGAUACAUGAAGAUCCAUCGGUUAAAGCCCUCAGACACAGGUACAUAUACUUGCACAGCAGGACCAGCUCAGGAACAUUUUGUGAUUAAACUAAUAGGAGGCCACAACAAACGUACUGCCACUUUAUCAGCUGGGAUAAAAGAAGAAGAAUCCCCAAGGAAGGUCAGUUUGAAUGAAGCUUUGCAUGGCCAGGAGAAGCAUCAGAGUAAAAUUCUCUUCAACGGAAGCAAAACUGAAAAACGAGGACUUGUCUCUGAUCCUAGCAGCCGGUACGAUGACAUUGUUUCAAGGCUUCUGGAGUACAGAGGCUGGCCUCGUGAUAGCAUAGAGCCAUGGGAAGCUCAGGACUCCACAGAGAGAAAUAUUUCUUCAGAGGAAGACCAGGGUCAGGACUACAACUUGCCUUUCACUAUGGUCACCAAUCAGGAUCGUUUAGAUGACAUCCUAAAAAAUUUGUCUCAACAGCCCGAGGAACUUAAGGAUAUCUAUAGCAAGCAACUUGUCUCACAGCUGGCCCAUGAAAUUUUCAAGAGCCAUUUGGAACAUCAGGAAUCUUUUUUCAAAACCCAGGGAAGGAGAGUCAGUUCUGCUUCAGUGGAAUUUCCAUUCACUAAGCAUUUUUCUGAGUUCACCAGAUUAUUGAGAACGUCUUCCUCAGAAGCCCACUUGUCCACAUCUCUAGAACUCAUAAAUGGUUCACGUGGGCCACACAAAAAACCUGCCAUCCUGAAGAAGAUCUCUGCAGCCCAGCAACUCUCAGCAUCCGAGGUUGUUACCCAUCUAGGACAUACUGUAGUUUUAGCCAGUGGGACAUUAAGUGUACUUCUUCACUGUGAGUCUGUUGGAAACCCAAGGCCAACCAUUACUUGGGCAAAGAAUGGAGAAGCUGUGCAGUACAACGAGAGGAUUCUUCUUCAACCAGAUGAUUCCUUGCAAAUUUUAGAGCCAGUUGAAGCUGAUGUAGGUUUCUAUACUUGCAAUGCAACGAAUGUGCUGGGAUCUGACUCUGUCUCCAUUGCCAUCACAUUAGCAGGGAAACCACUGAUAAAGACAUCAAGAACCGCCGUGACCAACCAGAACUUGCUGACUAUCUCUGUAGAUAUUGGAAGUACAGUGAAAACAAUCCCAGGAGUAAAUGUGACCAUUAACUGCCAAAUUGCAGGUGUGCCUGAAGCGGAACUUACCUGGUUCAGGAAUAAAAUCAAGCUGGUGCCUGACCUUCAUAUCCAUGAUGGGUCACUCCUGAUUCCAAACGUGUCUAUCUCAGACCAGGGGUUGUACUCCUGCAGGGCUGCCAACAUCCGUGGGGAGGUAACAGAAAGCACACAGCUACUAGUCCUCGACCCACCGCAACUCCCCCAUCAAUUUGAAGACAUGGCAACCACUCUGUCACGCAUGGGGCCAGGCAUUCCUUCUGUGAUAACAUCUCCUUCAGGAACAAGACAAAUAUUGAGCCAAGGAAGCUCUGUGCUCAUAGGCUGCCCAGUAGAUGGUCAUCCAACUCCUAACAUCACUUGGUUUUACGAUGGCCAUCCCUUCCAUCUGCCCCAUCAGGUGUUGGCAUCUGGUCAGAUUCUCCAGAUCCUGAAUGUCAGCAAUGAUUAUCAGGGAGAAAUCAGCUGCAAGGCUCAGAAUGAGGCAGGCUUGCUUAUACAAACAACGUCUCUGACCAUCCAAGAUUAUGGGUGGUCAGUGGAUAAGAUGUCCCCUUGUUCGGCCUCUUGUGGUAACAAGGGUCUACAAUAUCAUCAGCUGAAAUGCUUACUGAAUGGAACCCAAGUCAACAUAUCCCAUUGCCUGGAAAAACCCAAGCCAAAUCUGCAGCCCGUGGCAUGCAAUAGAAGAGAUUGUCCUUCAAGAUGGAUGGUAACAUCAUGGUCUCAUUGUACCCAAAGCUGUGGGGGAGGUAUCCAGUCCCGGAGGGUGACUUGUCAAAAGCUGAGUGCUGCUGGCAUUUCCGUUCCUGUGUCCAGUGAUAUUUGUGCUCAACUUGCCAAGCGUCCAGUAGAUACCCAGAGCUGCAACAGACAGCUGUGUGUGGAGUGGGCAGCUUCUGCCUGGGGACAGUGUAAUGCGCCUUGUGUUGGAUCUCGUCUGGCACUCCAGCACAGGCAGGUUUUCUGCCAGACCAGGGAUGGGGUCUCUGUGCCUGCUGACCAGUGCAGUUCCCUUCCAAGGCCUUUAAGCACUCAGAACUGCUGGACAGAUGCCUGUGGUGUACACUGGAGAGUCAGUCUGUGGACUUUGUGUACUGCUACCUGUGGGAACUACGGCUUCCAAUCUAGAAGAGUGGAAUGUGUACGUGUUCAUACCAACAAACCUGUGCAAGAUCACUUAUGUGCCUGGAGACCAAGGCCUGCUAACUGGCAGCGGUGCAACAUCACUCCAUGUGAAAAUAUUGAGUGCAGAGAUACCACCAGGUAUUGUGAGAAGGUGAAGCAGUUAAAGCUCUGCCAGCUAGCACAGUUCAAGUCACGCUGCUGUGGAACAUGUGGAAAAGCAUGAAGGCAUCAGCAAAAGAAAGAAAGAGUGGAUUUAGCUAUCGAUGGCCUUGCUCUUGCUCUGCUCUGUUCCUGAGAAGAGCUGCUUGAGAAAAGGAAAAUGGGAAAAGCAUUGCCUCAUUUGCCAUUUAUUUAUUUAUUUUUCCUUUAUCUCCCUCUCUCUUUUUCUUGUUAAGAAAUCUCUUUUAACAGAGUCAUUUGUUGUUUCGAAAAAAUGACCUUGACAGGGUUUCCCUCCUAAUGAUGGGAAACAAAUGCAGCAAGUCACAGUUCAUUAUGAGGGUGGAGGCCAAGAGAGUGAGAGAGAGAGAGAGCAUAUUGGAAAUGGAACCGCCUAGAAGACAUCCCUGGGGGCCCUUGAUGGACUGAAGAAAGACGUGGAAGCAACUGGAUACCAGAUGCCCGACUAGAUUACUAGUACGUGAAUCGGAAUGGGGCUUGAAAGAUACGGAAAGCAGAGAUUAAAAAUGGACAAUUGCCACAUUGCAAACUGGGUAACAUUGGAACUGGCACACUUCCAGUGAAUCCACUCACCAGAUCAAGAUUUACCAUGGUAUGCUCACCGUCACCAUUUGGAAAGCUGGUAGUGUGCAGUGUUAUAUUCUUGAGUUUUUGCAAUUUUGCCACAGAGGCUUACCAGUGAGAACUUUUUGGCUAGAAAUUGUCAGUGGUGAUGGGAAUUUCCCAUGCCAACACCUCUGGAGGCCACUGAGUUAGGAAAAAUGUAAUUAGAAAUAUGGGGAAGUAAGAGAGUGGUAAAAUUCUCACUAUCUCAUACUUCCCAAGUGAUUGUUUGUACAUUUGAGGAAAUGAUGGCUUGUCUUUAUCCAUAAUGAGUUUAUCAUAGCUGUAUAUCUUUGUUAUGCUACAAUUUGGGGUUUUCUGCUUUUGUUAUCCUCAGGAGGUACAGCUCUGACCCCCAAAAUGCUACAUUAGAAUAAAUUCCAUUUUUAAUAAUGUGGCUGAAAUGCAUGGGGAGCAAUGCCACUCAGAUUUGGAAGAAAGGUGUACCAAAGAUUAACACUGCUAUCACAUUACAGUUCAUUCUGGUUCCUUGCUGUCCAGGUACCAAUCUCUUCCUCACUUACCGAAGGCUUGGAAUUCUUUUUAAUUUAUUCAUUUUUUAAAAAAAAAGUAUAACUAAAUAUAUUCUAUGUAGUUGCCUCCAUCUCCUGAUAUUACUCUUGAUAAAUUUUGAAUCUGAUGAAACUAUAGGAAAAUACUCAAGAGGUUUCCAUCACAUUAGCUUCACAUCUUACUAAUAUAAAUUAGUUAAAAACUAAUAAAAAACUAAAACAUUAAGAAGAAAUUAGGGUGGAAGAAUGUAUAGGUACCUGAUGCACAGUGAGAAUAAAAAAACAAAUAUUUUGCAAUAAUGAAAGAGAAAGUAUGAGACAAAUACUAAGAGGAAUACAAGAACCCAUUUGUGCAAAAAUAUCUUUUGAAAGAGGUUGGUAACACCUGUUCAACCUCAUCCCCUUUCCACUACGUAAGUAGAACACAAUCCAUACAACUCUGUAUAGGUUUCCUACAUUGAAAUUAGAGGUUUCAUGAGUUUGGCGUCAUGUUUAAAAUGGAUCAGUGGAUUGCUGGUGCAGAGUACUCCAUGCUACCAUGAUGCCCCCUAUGUGGAACAAUGCAUAGGUAAAUUUUAAACACCCUCUCAGACCUGAUGAAAUAUGAUACUAACUGAACUGUUUUCUCACUUGAAGCAGAUGACACAGAAAAAGACAAUUAAUCUGGGUGCUUCCCAUUUCAUGACCCUCACAAAAAAAAAACCAAAAUAUUUUUAUUAAACAGGAUGAAGUUCACAAACUGAUUGUGCUAAACUGCUUGGAGCCAAGACCUGACAGCUCUGAAAUACAUCUCUUUCGGAGAAUAGAAGCUCUGAUUGACAUGCUGUUGCAGUGAUCUUGAGAUCCCCCUUCAGAUGCCUCCUUGGCUUAGGAAUAAUUCCAUAGCUUGUCUGCUUUCUGGAGAUUGUCAAAUAGAGCUGAGUGCCUUUCAGAAAUGGUCCAGAGCUCCACAUCUCUGCUGUUCAUUAAAGCAGCUUAUCUUUCUAGAUACCAUAUGAGCCUAAAAACACACUGUGGCUGCCUUGAGAAUUGCAGUGUAAGUCAAUUCCUUAAUGCAGUGGAAUUGGCAAAAAAGAUGGGCUGUUUUAAUGAACUGUAAGAGGUCAUUUCUGAAACACACAGCCCUGUUGUGAAACAUGGGUUGCCCCUGACACAACUCACACAGAUUGCAUACUGUAUUUCCAGGCUACUAUUAAAGAGAAGGAAAGGCAGCCUAGAUGAUACAGCCAUCAGGUCUACACAAUGUCCUUUGUGCUUUUUAGAGUCUGGUCCAAAAGCCGAGCAAAUGAAUGAGGUGGUUCCUGUAGGCUGCUGGACCCUUACAUGGUCGUGUUAGAAGAAGCAUGUGGUUGGUUUAUCUUGCUUUGGGGGCUGACUCUGACACAAUACUUGGCAGGUGUGAUGGUUCUACACCCAGGGUACAGUGAUUGUAGGUCUCUAGUAAUUAUCCAAAGCUGUGCUUUAGCAAGAUGAAGGAUUGGGCUCCUUUAAAUCAAUUGGUAUUUUGUAUUUCCAGAGGAGAGUCUUCAAACAGGAAGAUCACGAUCUGUGGUGCACAUUUUAUAUCUAAACAUCUUCAGUUGGGUAGGUGGAGUCUUCAGUUCUGGGGUUUGGGUUGAGCACGAGUACGAGCACUAUAAAAGGCAAUAGCUGCGCCUUGGGUGUGUUUGCAGAGAAUCCUUGGCUUGUAUUUAGUAAUAAAACGUGUGCUGAAGGUAGCAUUGACAGGUUGUAGCUUUUUAUUACCUGUGUAUUUUAAAGCAAGUCUGGAAGUUCUCUGAUGAGGUCAAUGUCAGGUCUGCCAGAUUAAAUUGCCUUCUGUUUUGGGCUUUCCAAAAUGUGUCUGGCAGAGAAUUUGCUCUCUUUUCAGAUGGGUCUCUGAGUUACUGUGUUGCUAUGAAUCAAUGCAACAUUUAUGUAAAAAAAAAAAAAAAAGAAUGUCUUUCUAUGUUAUGUAAAUGUAUCAUUUGUGUAUAUUUAUUAGAAUUUCUUGUAUAAAAAGUGCAAUACGAAUAAUUGUACAUUACUUUGUCCAGAUGGAACUAUGGGGGAGGGCAGGAGGGGAGAAGAGAUUUUUCUGUUAUACUUCUGCAAUGUUUUUGUAAUAACAGUGAUAAUGUACUGCCUGCUCCUAUUUUUGUGUUUAACCUUGACUACAUUCAUUGCAUACCGAGAAAACUGCAACAAAGGGGGUGGCGUGGAGAGGAUAUUCUGCAAACAGAAGAUCCCUUCCUUAACAGUAAUGUGGUGUCUGUUUUUCUCAUCAGAAAAAUAAAUAGAUGUUCACUAGAAUAUCAGACUUCAGUAGCUAAACUCUUUUGGAUGAUGGCCUUUUGGAAAUUCUCUAUGAAAUGAAUCCAGGGAACACCACUGAACAUUGGUGCAAUGUUUUGGGGGUGCUGGAAUAUAGGUGCGAAUGAGGCUCCCACUACAGCUGGCUUCCCUGCUCAUUUCAGCGCAGAGAGAAGCUCCAGGUAGGCAUCUUUGUGUUGUCAGUGCUGUUUAUAUGCCCUUGCAACCCAGAGAGCUCCUGAAUUGAAGUACAGUUCCUACUUCAAUCAAGCCCUAUCCAACUCUGGGUUGAGUCCCUCUACAACUGACAUGUCUGUAUCUGAGCAAAGGCUUGCAGCCUAUGAAUGUAAUUGCAAAUGUUUCAUGAAUUGUGACUUGACAGCAUCCAUGUAAGUUUCUUGUUAAGGUUGACAAAUAUUACAGGAGGCAGUUCCCCUCCCCUUUAAAAAAAAACUUGUUAUAUAAUUUUGUGUACAAAUAAUGCAUCUUAUUUAUUUA